AUGAAGCAUAUUGUAAAGAUUAUGACGUUGCUGGUGGCAAUCUCUGCUUCAUGGUUUGGCCUCUUGCAGACAUCUAUGGUUCCAAGUAGACAUAAUUUGCUAGUACCGAUCUAUUUUAUGAUUUGUUUAGGAUGCUAUGGCCUAUUAAUGCAGGUUGGAGAUGGUUUAAUCCAAUUUCCAACUUAUCCUCAAGAAGCAUUGCUUUUGCAGCAGGAUAUCAUUGAGGCCAAAAAAUAUCUGAAGCCAAAAGGGAUUGACGUGGGUUCUCAUUGA